AUAUUAUAUUAUAUUAUGAUAACUGAUAAGAUAUAAUAUCUUAAAUCAUGAUUUACCUUGUAUUUUUUAUUGUUCUUGAUAAGAAUACAAUAUUUUAUAUCUUUGUUGGUGUUGCGUCUUUAUAUUUUCUAUUUACAAUGUCGGACAUAGAAGAUACGCCAGAGGUGUUUGAAGAAGAAGGACCGUCGACACCAAAAAAGAAAAGAUCUCUAAGGAAUGAACUUUCCAAACAUGAAAAAGAAAAACACAGAAAGCAAAAAUAUAGAGAAGAAUGGGAGAGCAAUAAGGAAUUUAAAGGUUGGCUUAAACCUGAAAGGGAUAAUCCCUUUAAGGCUAAAUGUAUCAUGUGCAACGUGAGUUUUGUUUCUGAACUGAGUUGCAUUAAAAAACAUUGUAACAGUUCGAAUCAUAUAAAGUCACUAAAAAGUUCGUCUCACUUUAAAAAUAUUAUGUUAAAUUUUCAAGUUAUGGCGAAAUCUAAUCCUUUAAAUAAUUCUGUCAAAACCGCAGAAAUUAAAUUGUCUGCUCUUUUAGCUGAACAUAAUGUAGCAUUUUCAUUAAUCAACCAUUUAGAGCCCUUAUUAAAAGAAAUUUUCCCAGACUCUAAAAUUUGUAAAGAAAUGAAAUUGAAACGAACUAAAGCUACAAACAUUAUUACAAAUGUAAUUGCGCCUGUGGAAAAAGAAAUGUUAAGUCUAAAACUGAAUAAAAGUAAAUUUUCAAUUAUGAUUGAUGAGUCAACCGAUGUUGCUUGUAUAUCUACCAUGUGUACUGUAGUACGGUUUUUUGAUACAGAGUCCAAGAUUAUUGUUACAAGGUUUUGGGACUUAGUACAGGUCUUUGAUGUAAAAGAACCAGAGACAGUUGAUAAAGGAGCAACUUCAGAAAAUCUGUUUAGUAAAUGUAUUCAGUCAUUUGAAAAUCAUAAUGUUGAUGUAAAAAACAUUGUUGGAUUUGGUUCUGAUGGCUGUUCGACAAUGAUGGGGUCUAAAAAUUCUGUUUCAAGCCGGCUGAAAAUCACAUUCCCGGGAAUCUUCGUAAUGAAAUGUAUUUGUCAUUCUCUUCAUUUAUGCUGCAGUGAAGCAUGCAAGUCCUUGCCCCGAAGAAUUGAAGAUUUUGCUCGGAAUGUAUUUAAUUUUUUCAGCCACAGUAGUAAGCGACAGAGCCAAUAUAUAGAAUUUCAAAACUUUUUCAAUAUUUCUGUACAUAAAUUGCUGCACCCAUCUCAGACGAGGUGGUUGUCGCUAUUUGCUGUUGUCCAGCGUAUUUUGGAACAGUGGAUGGCUUUACAUUCAUAUUUUAAUGAAAAGUGGUUUUCAGAAAAACUUGUUGCUGCAGAAAAUAUUUAUACCCAGCUGAAUGACCCUUUUACAAAAAUGUAUUUUUUUUUCUUGGAAUGGGUGUUGCCAAAAUUUAGUGCAUUAAACCAGUAUUUCCAAACUGAGCAAGUGGUAUUGAAUAAUUUAAAUGAAAAAAUGGAAUUAGUUUACAAGGAAUUAUUACUAUGUUACAUGAAAAGGGACUAUGUUCUCCAAACUCCAUUAGCUACAUUGAAUCCUGCCGAUCAAAGUAAAUUUAUGAGUCCUUCAGAAGUUUAUUUAGGAGUUAAAGUCCUUACUCAUACAAAAACCCCAGCUAUAGUACAAAGGCCAGAUUUGCUAAAAGAAUUUAUUUCUAGAUGUGUUGAUUUUCUGAAAGUUAGCUGUGUACAAAUAAAAAAACGUUAUGAUUUUUCUAACCCAAUUUUACGAUUAUUAAAUUUGUUAACACCAAAGGUAGCUCUUUCUUCAAAAACUAGGAUUGAAUAUCCAUCUGUGUUAUGCCUUACACAACUACUGCCUAGAAUGGUGAAUCAAGAUCAAAUUCAACUUAUUGAUGAUGAAUGGCGAACAUUACCAUUAGUGGCUUUACCAGAAAAUAUUAAAUUAGAAAAUCAGCCUGAUAAAUUUUGGUCAUUAAUACUUGAUUUGGAAUCAGGUCAAUUCAAAGAACUUGCUACAUUUGCUUUGAAUGCAUUUUGUCUGCCUCACUCUAAUGCUAGCUGUGAACGAGUUUUUAGUAAAAUUAAUUGUAUUAAAACAAAAUCUAGAAAUAGAUUGAUUGUUAAAACGGUAGCUUCUACAGUUAUAGCUAGUGAAUGCAUUAAAAAAGAAAAUGGGAACUGCAUUACAUUUCAACCAACUAAAACAAUGGUAGACAGUAUGACAUCAUCUACAUUGUACCCAACAACAAAUAAGACUGAUACCUUUGAAGACUUUUUUCUAGAAGACUGAAUUAUUAUUUAAAAUCUUUAUUAUAAAAAAUGUUUUUUCACCAAAAAAGAAAAGACUGUUAAUUUAAAAUUGUUUUGUUUUAUACAUUUAUAAUCAUGUUAUAAAAACAUAGUUAUUAUAAAAUAUGUUUUUUUUUAUCAAGGAAGAUAAUACUUUUAAUUUGUUUUGUUUUAUACAUUUAUAAUCAUGUUAUAAAAAACAUAGUUAUUAUAAAAUUUGUUUUUUUUUUA